CACUUCUAGGUAUGAAACAAAUACGUGGUAAUAUAUGAAAGAAGGAAGAUUAAAGUUGUUGUAUAAUAAAUACAACAUUAUCAAUCACUUCUUCGAAAUGGGCUUUACUUAAGACUGGUAAUUUUAUUUAAUUACACUUUCACUCACCAGAGCAUCACAGCUCUUAAGUUUGGGUACCAAUAAAUAGUAGCAUAAAACGUGAAAAGCUGCUUCAUCAUGCCAAUUGAAAAUUUAGAAGAAGAAAGUUUGAAGAAAAAUCCAAAUUUAGAAAUAGCUCAACAGAAAUUCUUUUUAACACUAGACGAAAACAAAAAUGAUGCAAAACUGAAAGAUGAUUUAUUGAAUGCGAUGAAGGAGAACAACAUGGCUCCAUUUUAUGAAGAGGUAUGUAAAGACCUUGGAUGGACAAUAGACAAAAAGCUGUUGGCUAAGAUGAAAACAGCUAAUGAGGAAAAGUUAAAGAGUUUGGAGGAAGCAAUAGAAGAUGCUGAGAAGAACUUGGGUGAGAUGGAAGUGAGAGACACCAACCUGGCAAAAGCUGAAUAUCUAAGUGCUAUUGGAGACAAGGAAGCAGCAUUAACUGCUUUUCGCAAGACAUACGAAAAGACAGUGUCUUUAGGCCACAGGUUGGACCUGUUGUUUCACUUGAUCAGAAUUGGUCUUUUCUACAUGGACCAUGAUCUGAUUACUCGUAACAUUGAUAAAGCCAAAAGUCUUAUUGAAGAAGGAGGAGACUGGGAUCGUCGAAACAGGCUCAAAGUUUAUCAAGGUGUUUAUUGUUUUGCUAUAAGAGACUUCAAAGGAGCAGCUAACUAUUUCCUUGACACUGUGUCAACUUUUACUUGCUAUGAAUUAAUGAACUACCAGACGUUUGUCACUUAUGCUGUACUGUGUAGUGUGAUUGCUUUACCUCGGGUGGAUCUGAGAGAAAAAGUUGUCAAGGGAUCUGAAAUUUUAGAAGUUCUUCACAGCACUCCUGAUAUUAAACAGUACCUGUUUUCUCUAUACAACUGCCACUAUGAACAGUUUUUCCGCAAACUUGCUCACGUGGAGGGAGUAUUAAGACGUGAUCGUUUGUUUUCUCCCCAUUAUCGAUACUACGUGAGAGAGAUGAGAAUUCUUGCAUAUACCCAACUGCUGGAGUCAUAUCGUAGUUUGACCCUUCAGUAUAUGGCCGAUGCCUUUGGAGUUACUGUAGCUUUUAUUGACCAGGAGUUGGCUCGAUUCAUUGCUGCUGGGCGCUUGCAUUGCAAGAUUGACAAAGUUGGAGGAAUUGUUGAGACAAAUAGACCAGACAGCAAGAAUUAUCAGUAUCAGGCUUGUAUCAAACAAGGAGACAUUUUGCUGAACAGGAUACAGAAGUUAAGCAGGGUUAUCAAUAUUUAAUUUCUUAUUGUUCUAUGAUAAUCUAAAAUUUUUUUUUUCUUACUGAAGUCACUAAUUUGACAGUGUUUAUGUAAUACAUUAAAAUAAAUGUUUUGAAUAAUUUUA